CUUGAAGUGGUGUUGCCUAGUGUACAAGAAGCAACGCCGGUUCCGGCGGCAGCAACGCCAGUUCCGGGGGUAAAUCGUUCAACUUCGGGUACAACUAUGUUGUUACAAUCCGAUGGUGAUGGUGGGCUACCAGCUAGACAAUUCGUGGAAGCAGAGAAAUUGAUUGUUUUGGCAGGAGAGGUGGGCUUGAAAUUUCAUGGAUGUGAAGGGGAKGAUGUGGCUCGUUUGUUGGCUAUGGAKGAGCGGGAUUGCGAAGAGAAGGAGGGGGUGAAGAGGAGGAAAGUUAAGGAGGUGAUUGGUGUGGAAAGCAAUGACUGUGAUUGGGCUUUUCUCCCGGCGGUGGGUAAUAGUGGUGGAAUCCUCUCAAUUUGGAGGAAAUCACUAGGAUCACUUGUCUUCUCCUUUACGGGGGAUGGUUUUGUUGGUGUGUGCUUGGAUUUGGUUGACAAACAAGUCCGAGUUUGUGUGAUCAAUGUCUAUGCUAAGU